CAAAUAUGGAAAAGAGAUAUUACAAGAUUUACGAGUGUGAGCUCGGAGCUGUUUCUCUCUUCAUCGCCUCCUCUCUCUUUAUCGCUCUCUCUUCGGCGACGACUUCUCAAAGUGUUGGCAUCAAUCGCCGGCAAAGGAUAUAAAUUGUUUAGGAUAUGGCCACCAAGGAAGCUAAAAAACCUAAUGCCAACGCUAAAGGCGGUGGGAAGAAGAAGGAGGUGAAAAAAGAGACAAGGCUUGGGCUGUCCUACAAGAAGGAGGAGAACUUCGGAGAGUGGUACUCUGAGGUGGUUGUUAGUGGUGAAAUGAUUGAAUACUAUGAUAUCUCUGGUUGUUAUAUAUUAAGGCCGUGGACAAUGUCUAUAUGGGAAACCAUGCAGGCUUUUUUUGAUCCAGAAAUAAAGAAGAUGAAAAUAAAAAAUUGCUACUUCCCUCUUUUUGUAUCACCAGUUGUCCUGCAGAAAGAAAAGGAUCACAUUGAGGGGUUUGCUCCAGAGGUUGCAUGGGUCACAAAAUCUGGACAAUCUGAAUUAGAAGUGCCUAUUGCUAUCCGUCCCACAAGUGAGACCGUUAUGUAUCCAUAUUACUCAAAGUGGAUAAGGGGACACCGUGACUUACCUUUAAAGCUAAACCAGUGGUGCAAUGUUGUACGAUGGGAGUUCAGCCAUCCUACUCCUUUCAUUCGGAGUCGGGAGUUUCUGUGGCAGGAAGGGCAUACUGCAUUUGCUACAAAGGAAGAGGCAGAUGCAGAGGUCCUUGAGAUAUUGGAGCUAUAUAGACGAAUAUAUGAAGAGUAUUUGGCAGUACCAGUUGUGGAAGGUAAAAAGAGUGAGCUGGAGAAAUUUGCUGGUGGCCUUUACACAACUAGUGUUGAGGCAUUUAUACCAAACACUGGUCGAGGAAUACAAGGUGCCACAUCACAUUGUUUGGGCCAAAAUUUUGCUAAAAUGUUUGAGAUCGAUUUUGAGAAUGAGAAGGGGGAAAAGGAGAAGGUUUGGCAAAAUUCUUGGGCAUACAGUACUCGCACGAUUGGGGUGAUGGUGAUGGUUCAUGGGGACGACAAGGGCUUAGUUCUGCCACCUAAAGUGGCAUCGACUCAGGUUAUUGUGGUUCCAGUGCCUUACAAAGAUGCUGACACACAAGCCAUUUUAGAUGCCUGCUCGAAAACCGUGAAUACUUUAAGUGGAGCUGGUUUACGCGUUGAGGCAGAUUUAAGAGAUAACUAUUCACCUGGUUGGAAGUACUCCCAUUGGGAAAUGAAAGGUGUUCCAUUGAGGAUUGAAAUUGGGCCAAAAGACAUGGCUAAUAAUCAAGUUCGUGCCGUUCGCCGUGACAAUUCAGCCAAGGUGGACAUUCCCGUGGACAAGUUAGUGGAUCAAAUAAAUGACAUGUUAGCUGACAUUCAACAAAGUCUGUUUGACGCUGCAAAGCUAAAACGAGAUGCUUGUAUUAAGGUUAUAAAGACAUGGGAUGAAUUUGUGGAAGCACUUGGCCAAAAGAAAAUGAUAUUAGCUCCUUGGUGUGAUGAAGAGGAAGUAGAAAAGGACGUGAAAGCAAGAACAAAGGGUGAGACGGGAGCAGCUAAAACACUUUGCUCUCCCUUUGACCAACCCGAACUCCCUUCAGGGACACCUUGCUUUGCUUCUGGUAAGCCUGCAAAGAAGUGGACCUACUGGGGGAGAAGUUACUAAAAUCAGAUGCUGCUUAUUGUUGUCUAUUGACUGAUUCAAGUCCUUCCAGUGAUUUUUAUGUUUUUGCUUCUGCCCAGUCCAAGGACUUAAUGAUUGGGAAAGGAAUACUUUGCAUGCAAAGUUACUGUAAUUUUUUUACAGUGGUCCAGAUUUUGUCAGGUUAUAUAUCACUUUCUUUUUAACUCGAUACAUCGGUCAUCUGUCUCAGAUUUAGUCAUGUCAAAAGUAACUGAGUGAUGAAACUUUUACUGUGAAGUGUCUUCUUAAUGUUUGAUUUAAUGCUCAGAAAUGAGAUUCAAUUUGAUCA